GAGUGUGUUAGGACGAAUCGAUUACUUUGGACUGGCGGAGGCCUACGAGGCGAGAACCCGGCACCCGAAGCCAGUGCUGAGUCCACAACUUCGCUUGGGAGACGGCCGAGGCCGCCGGGUUCUAGGCGGUCGCGCUGGGGCCGCUCCGAAGGGGCUAAGCCGACUGCAGCUUCAGCCAUGGUUGCGCCCGCCGUGUUGCGCGCUCUGCGCAAGAACAAGACCCUUCGCUACGGAGUCCCCAUGUUGUUGUUGGUUGUUGGAGGUUCCUUUGGUCUUCGGGAAUUUUCACAAAUCCGAUAUGAUGCUGUGACAAUUAAGGUUGAUCCUGAAUUAGAAAAAAAACUGAAAGCGAAUAAAAUAACUUUAGAAUCAGAAUAUGAGAAAAUAAAGGACGCCACUUUUGAAGACUGGAAGAAUAUUCGAGGCCCAAGGCCCUGGGAAGAUCCUGAACUCCUCCAAGGACGAAACCCAGAAGCUCUUAAGCCUAAGGCAGCCUGACUGUGCUCAGUUUUUCAAUAAAAUGAUCUCAACUGGGCCUGUACUCCACUAGGAAGAUUCCAGAUCUGUGCAAACCUGGAUGUGAGUAAUGUGAUGGCUGAAAAUUUUGAUUAAAAAGUCAAAUAUAAAUCUAUAAAGACUUUCCAAUCAGUCUACUUGCAAAUGAAAGUAGCAGUGUUGAACACACACACACACACAGAGAGAGUAAAAAUAUGACUACUGUUAUCAUAACGUGCCACACAUCCUCUUUUUCUAUCAGCCACUAGUGCAUCUGCCUCGUUUUGGUUUUUGUUGAAAAUCAUUGGCUUGAAUCCAAAUUUUCCCAAUAAAAUUGUGACUUUAUGUUAAACCUAUAAAUAAAUGAUCAUAAUCUA